UCUCAAGCAGGAAGGACCCAGCCCAACCCAGUAGGGAUUCCUUACCUUGCACUUGUGUAUCGUAUCUUUUAUAACUUCACGAUUUCGGAAAAUAAUAAUAAUAAAUACGUUAAAAUGCCCUUAUAUGAAGGGUUGGGAAGUGGUGGAGAAAAAACUGCAGUCGUAAUUGAUUUAGGAGCUGCAUACACAAAAUGUGGUUUUGCUGGAGAGACGGGUCCCAGGUUUAUCAUUCCCAGCGAGAUCCAGAAGCCGGGACAACAGCAGUCUGUCAAAGUGGUUCAAUACAACAUAAACACAGAGGAGUUGUACUCCAACCUCAAGGAGUUCAUCCACAUGCUCUACUUCAGGCACCUGCUUGUGAACCCUCGUGACAGGAGGGUGGUGAUCAUCGAGUCCAUCCUCUGCCCUUCCCAUUUCAGAGAAACCCUCACCAAAGUUUUCUUCAAACAGUUUGAGGUUCCGUCGGUGCUGUUUGCCCCGAGUCAUCUCAUGUCAAUCAUGUCUCUGGGCAUCAACUCGGCCCUGGUGAUGGACUGUGGCUACACAGAGACACUAGUGCUGCCUGUGUACGAGUGCAUCCCUGUCCUCUCCGCCUGGGAAGCCCUGCCUUUGGGUGGAAAGGCCAUUCAUAAGGAGCUGCAUACUGUGUUGGUGGAACAGUGUACAGUGGACUCAGACUCCAGUACUGGACAGAGUCUACCAACAGUCAUUGGUUCCAUCCCAGAGGAGGUGGUGGAGGAUAUCAAGGUCAGGACUUGUUUUGUCAGUGACCUACAAAGAGGCCUUAAGAUCCAGGAGGCCAAGUUUAACUUGGAGGGCACAGCUGAGCGUCCAACACCACCCCCUGAUGUAGAUUACCCAUUGGAUGGGGAGAAGAUUCUUCAUAUCAAGGGACAAAUCAGGGACUCUGUAAUGGAGAUGUUAUUUGAGCAGGACAACGAGGAGAAAAGUGUGGCCACUCUGCUGCUCGAUGCUUUGGUCAAGUGUCCUAUUGACACCCGGAAGGCUUUGUCUGAGAACCUGGUGAUCAUCGGGGGCACGGCCAUGCUGCCCGGCUUCCUGCAUCGGCUCCUGGCCGAGAUACGCCUCCUGGUGGAGAAACCCAAGUACCGCAACGCCCUGGCCACCAAGACCUUCAAGAUUCACAGUCCUCCAGCAAAACCCAACUGCACUGUGUGGCUCGGAGGUGCCAUCUUUGGAGCUCUCCAGGACAUCCUGGGAAGUCGCUCCGUGUCUCGCGACCACUACAACCAGACGGGCCGUAUUCCCGACUGGUGUUGCCUCAGCUCCCCGCCCCCCGAAUCGGUCUACGAUGCCGGGAAGACCCCGCCGCCACUCAUGAAGAGAGCCUUCUCCACCGAGAAAUAAACCAGCCCACUGGGCCAUUCUGUGCCUGUUAUGCCACACUAUUCCCUCUGAAGGGCACUCAUUUGGUCCACAGUGAGGCACUCUGUAGGGGGAAAGGUGCCAUUGUAGACAUAGUUCAGUCUCUAACCAUAACAUACUUAUCCCAGACAUAAUAUGUGGCUUCCACUGCCCUUGUCCUUCCCCUCAUCUUUGCUGAACUUACUGAUUAACGGUGAGGACAGUGUGACAAACCCUAAGAGGAGCCGAUUAUGUCCAUUUAGCCUGUGGAGAUGCGUCCAGUCUCUCGACCGCCAGACCAUCGAGAAUUGUGGGGGUUUUAGUUCAAAUAUGUGACCACACGGCUCCUGUUUGAGUUCUGUUCCUCCGAUUGCACACUGGCACCCAGACUCCGCCCACUCUAUCAGCAAACUAGAUGCUAAUGAGCGUGUGGGCACAGUGGCUGGCUUUCUGAUUCGUUGCAUUGUGUGUCAUGUCCAUGGAUUCAAGAAGCCAUGGUCACUUUCUGGCUUGGGUGAUCUUGGAACAGUUUUCUGGCCAUGUGUUGAUUACCGUCUUGAGGCAGAUGUGUGGAGUUGAAUUGAUGCUUUUCAUUUGAAAACAUGCGGUUAAGCUGUAUUUGAAAACGCUAAGAAAAUGUACUGAAGGUCAACCAGAUAAAUUGCAGUCCACUGUGGCUCCAUCAAGUCGUUCUUUGUGUAGUCAUUGUGAAUGCUAUCCCCAGGUGUUGUUUUUCAGCAAAAAUGAAGUGUUUUUAUUUGCCCUUUAUUUAUUGUUUCAUCUUUGCCAUGUAAAACAUUGGAAUAUCAGUUUCAAUCUCUCAAGAGCGCUUAUCUGUAAUGCAUCACGUCGAUUGGCGGUAAAUAAACAUUCCUAAACUGUU